AUGUCGCUAUCUCUAUCGCGGUCCCUGCACAGGGCCCUUCUGAGGAGAUCCUAUGGCACAGUCCAAGCUCCUCCCAGUGCUGCAUCACUUACAACCAACCGCAUUCCUCCCGCCCUCCAAGAAGCAACCGCCGCCACCGCCCCGCGCACCAACUGGUCUCGGGAAGAGGUCCAACAGAUCUAUGAGACUCCUCUGAGCCAAUUGACUUAUGCGGCGGCCGCCGUCCACCGCCGCUUCCAUGACCCCGCCGCCAUCCAGAUGUGUACCCUKAUGAACAUCAAGACCGGCGGCUGCAGCGAAGACUGCUCGUACUGCGCACAGUCCUCCCGGUACAGCACCGGCCUCAAAGCCACCAAGAUGAGCCCCGUCGACGAAGUGCUCAAGGCCGCCCGCAUCGCCAAGGACAACGGCAGCACCCGGUUCUGCAUGGGCGCCGCCUGGCGCGACAUGCGCGGCCGCAAGACAAGCCUCAAAAACGUCAAGGAGAUGGUCUCGGGCGUGCGCGCCAUGGGCAUGGAGGUCUGCGUGACCCUGGGCAUGAUCGACGAGAACCAGGCCAAGGAGCUCAAGGACGCCGGCCUGACCGCCUACAACCACAACCUCGACACCUCGCGCGAGUUCUACCCCUCCAUCAUCACCACCCGCUCCUACGACGAGCGCCUGCAGACCCUGUCGCACGUCCGCGACGCCGGCAUCAACGUCUGCUCCGGCGGCAUCCUGGGCCUCGGCGAGGCCGACUCCGACCGCAUCGGCCUCAUCCACACCGUCGCCAACCUUCCCUCUCACCCCGAAUCGUUCCCCGUCAACGCCCUCGUUCCCAUCAAGGGCACCCCGCUCGGCGACCGCAAGAUGAUCCCCUUUGACAAGCUGCUGCGCACCAUUGCCACCGCUCGUAUCGUCCUGCCGGCCACCAUCGUCCGUCUCGCGGCGGGCCGCAUCUCGCUGUCGGAGGAACAGCAGGUCGCCUGCUUCAUGGCCGGUGCCAACGCCGUCUUCACCGGUGAGAAGAUGCUGACGACGGAUUGCAACGGCUGGGACGAGGACCGCGAGAUGUUUGAGCGCUGGGGAUUCUAUCCCAUGCGGAGCUUUGAGAAGGAGGGGUCCACGCAACCUGCCGUCGAGGCGCCCCCUGCCCCAGCUGCCCCUGCUGCCCACGAUAGUGUAUCUGCUGCGCCGGCCGCAGCUAGCUCGUAG